AUGGAUCGUAGUUACUGGAUGUAUAGAAUUAAACGUUCAUGCGAUGAAUAUUUGGCAUGUUUGGAUGGGUUUCUUAAAGUCGCAGAGGAAAAUCGGGUGAAUAAAGGAGAAAGCUACAUAUGGUGUCCUUGUGUAGAUUGUCAGAACUGUCGUAUAUACACUGAUUCUGCCAAAGUACAAGAACAUUUAAUAAUUCAUGGGUUUAUGAGAAAUUAUAUAUGUUGGUCACGACAUGGGGAGACAUUGGUUAAUCGUAAUGAGGUUGUUUCAGAGUUUAAUGAUGAUAACAAUGAUUCAAACAAUGACAAGUACGAUGACUUAUCUAGAAUGUUACAUGAUUGGGAGGACAAUGUCGCUGAAAAGGAUUAUGAAAAUUUUCAACAAUUAUUUGACGACUCGGAAAAACCGUUGUAUACCGGGUGUAUGAAGUAUACAAAACUAUCUGUUGUUUUGAAACUAUUUAACCUAAAAGCAAACAAUGGUUGGAGUGAUACAAGUUUCACAAAUCUUCUAAAGCUUCUGAAUGAUAUGCUUCCUAAAGAUAACGAGUUACCUAUUUCAACAUAUCAAGCGAAAAAACUAAUGUGUCCAAUGGGAAUGGAAAUCGAAAGAAUACAUGCAUGUCCAAAAGACUGUAUGCUAUAUAGAAACCAGUAUGUAGAUCUAGAUAAGUGUACCACAUGCGGUUCAUCACGGUAUAAGAAGAAUAAUCAUACAGAAGAAACCAAUGAUGUGAAAAAGAAAGGUCCACCUGCUAAAGGAAAGUCAAAAGACGGGAUUAAUGUUAGGGAAGACAUGGUUGAAAUGGGAAUUCGUCCCGAGCUUGCUCCUAUUAGGAAUCCUGGAAAGUACAAAGUGAGAGCAAGUUAUGACAUCGAUAGUGUGGAUCAAGUUGUAGUACAUCUAGGGAAUGGUCCUGAUGAUCUUGUGGCAACGUACCAAGGAUACGACAUUAAUGGUUAUACAUUUUACACUAAUCAACAAGAUGGAAAAAGUACACUUCAUAAUAGUGGUGUAACAGUAAUAGCCUCAACUGAAGUAUAUGGAGAUAGUCAUGAUACAAGGGUGUGGAUCGCCAAAGAAUCAUACUAUGACAUCAUUCAGAAAAUAUGGGAAUUGAAAUAUGAUUCCAUCAUUAUACCUAUGUUAAAAUGCAAAUGGGUUGACAACCAACGAGGUGUUAAAUUUUACAAUGAUGGUUUUACAGUUGUUGACCUUUCCACAAACGGAUAUGUAUCAGAACCAUUCAUCCUAGCUAAACAAGCUACCCAGGUAUUCUAUGUUGAGGACCCAAAGGAAUCGGGAAAGCACAUCGUUAUGCAUAACAAACGACAUAUACUUGGUGUUGAUGAUGUUGUGGACGAGGAAGAGUACGAUCAGUUUGAUGAACUACCCCCAUUUUCUAUCGGCAUUGCAUCUUCAAAUGAUGAUGUCGAUGACACCACUUACUUACGGUCAGAUCACAAUGAAGGAAUAUGGAUAUCAUAA